AUGGGACCGAAUAGCUACGACGUAUCGCAACCCGCCAUCGUAGCCGACGUAGCCUAUGACGCCUUCUUCGGCGGCUCUGAAAGUGUCGCUCCUGGCCCUAUCUAUCCCAUCGAAGUCAUGAUUUGGCUAGGAGCUUACGGCGGUCCAACCGGCUCCCCAGACGACGGCGGUUCCGCAACUCCGAUUGGCACCAUAGUUAGCGAUGCCAUCACGUUCAAUCUGUUCAGCGGUCUGAACACUGGGACGUCAGCAACGGUCUAUAGCUUUUUCGUCGCUAACGGGUCUACCUAUCUGGAGAAAUUCGAGAGUGGAUUGUCUGGAAUGCUGCUGCAGAGUGUACAGGCGGGGACAGAGGCAGUCACCGGUAGUGCUACAUUCUUGACUAGCUCAUACACCAUCAGCUCUAGCUGA